CCUAGUAUAAAUAGCCAACAAUCCACACGACCCAACCACACCCACAGCAAAUUCCGAGCUCUUCCAAGUGAGCUCAUUCCACCUCCCGCCUCGCUCCUACAUCCUUUUGCACUUCGCACAGACGCACGAGCUCCCGUUGUGCAGCUCAUACCUGACCAGACGCCCAUGGUUUCCUCAAUGAAGCAGUGCAGAGACCAGGCCGAGGUGCCCUUCGUGUCCCUCUCGCUCUCCCUCGGCGCCAUGGCCGACCGCAUCAGCAAGAAGCAGCGCCGCGGCGCGGACGGCGAGUUCGUCUGCAAGACGUGCAGCCGCGCCUUCCCGUCGUUCCAGGCGCUGGGCGGGCACCGGACAAGCCACCUGCGCGGCCGCCACGGGCUCGCGCUCGGCCUCGCCGCCGGGUCCGAUCAGCCGGCGACCAAGAGGACCACGGACCAGAAGCAGGCGCACCAGUGCCAUGUCUGCGGGCUCGAGUUCGAGAUGGGGCAGGCGCUCGGCGGCCACAUGCGCCGGCACCGCGAGCAGGAGGCGCCCGCCACCACGGCGCAGGCGCCGCCCGUCCUGCUCCAGCUCUUCGUCUAGCGCUGGAUUGAUUUCUCUCAAGUUCAAUAGCUAGGCAUAUAGAGUAUAUCUGGUUCUGGUCCAGAUUUACAGGUUGACCUAUGUGUGCUAUUUGGUUUGUACAUUUGCUGCACACUAGGUUGUCUACUCUUGAUCCUUGGCUCGUUUGAGCAUUGUAUUGGGUAUAUAUGUACAUAUUUAGGACUCGUUCAUUCGUUCAUUACUGUUAUUAUCCAUACUUUUUGAUUCAUACUUUUAUUUUGUUCUACUUGAA